AUGUCCAGCACACGCGAGCGACGACUCUCCGACACGGACCGCGUGACUAGCGCACUCCGCCGACUCAGCAUCAGCGACAAUGAUCGCUCGCCCAGCAAUUCCGAACGCCACACAAGCGCGGAGCAAGCCAAGCCUGCUUCAUCACGUCCAUUGAAGCAGCAUCAAUGCACAUCAGAGGAAUGUGCUGCUCUCACCCUCUUCGACACGACCGAGCUUCUGGAGAUCGUCCUCGACUUCCUCGAUACCGACAGUGUGCUCCAUCUCCGACGCACAAGCAGAAAAUGGAACGACACAGUCCGAGGGUCGCCAACCCUCCGCCUCCAUACCUUCGUCCAUCCACAAUGGGACCGCCUUGCGGCCGACUUCCAGCUUCUCGACCUCAAGCUAUCGGGCUUUUCGGUCGAUCCGGGCGAUGAUCUCGAGCUGGGCAAAUGGAUCCACGUGUCCAUGAGCAACGCCGUCGCCCGUCGGAUCUGCCCUGACGUCUCAUUUGGCCGCCGAGUCCGAUCUCGUUCCAUCUUUGAGGGGAUGCGUGGAGGUCUCGGUCGUCGGCGAUGGAAGAAAAGCGAAGACUCGUGGCCUGCCAAAGCACCGACGGCUGAAGAGCAGCACGGCUUCCUCAAGUACGAGACUUUGCAGGUUAUGCAACCACCGAUCUUAGGAAUGCAAGCCUACCUCAUCGAUCCAACGCCUUUCGCUGGCCCUUCUCAGGCGACCCAAGAGCCGCCAGAACCAGUCGCCUGCGCAAAGCUCCAUUGCGAUGCCGGUAUCACUCUCGGCUUCUUGGCCGAGACCACGCAGUCUCUGCUCAUGGACACUAAGAACUCAUCAAACCCGGACAGUAGAACGGUUCUCUACAAGGCGAUUGUCUCAUUCACGACACCUAACAGCACGACGCGGCGACGUGGUACCGCGCGCAGUGUCACUCGCUUUGAUUGA